UCAAUUUUUCCAUUUUCUAUUUUGUGGUCAAAAUUGAAAGAUCAUAAAUUAGGAUGGACUUAUUAAAUUUGAAUAAUUUUUGAUUGUAAAUCAACACAGUGUUGACCAUGUGCUCCAUUUGAAAUGUAUGAAAACAGAUCCCACUUUUGUUUCUUUUUCAUAAACAAACCAGUUUAUUUUCUACAUGAGUAAAUAAAUCAGCAGAUGGUCUUCCUUGUCUUCCCGUUUGCAUUUUAUUAUUAGCAGAGCCACUACAUUUGCAAAUUAAUUCAUGCAAAGCCUCUAAAAGAAUAGAUUAUAGUGCAUUUGUUUAAAAUCUACAUAAUAACAAGCAAUUAUUUUUGAUUAGGGGAUUACUUGCCAAUGGCCUGCAUGUUUAUUAUUAUCUAUUUGCAGUAGAGCGCAUCAGUACAGAAAACAUAAUUUUGUUAUUCCAAAUCAGUAGUGGAGGUAUUGUUCAUUAUAUUUUUCAUGACAUUGCAGCUGCCACCUAUAGGAGUCUCACUACGAACAACUCAGAGCAGAUCCCGUUCCUCUUCAGUUGCAAAGUCAGCCCAAGUGAGACACCAAAGCUUGACAUUGGUGUUACAAAAAGUGAGCCACUGACAGUCGCCGUCUCAAUGACCAUCUUCUACAGCAUCGUCUUCUUGUUUGGAGUCUUAUUCAACGGUGUGAGCAUACUGACUCUCCUUAUGGAUGCUCACAUGAGAGUCAGUGCCAUUCGCUUCUACCUGCUCAGCCUCGUUACAUCAGACAUUCUGCAGCUGUUGACCAUUCCAGUGACUGUGUAUCGGUAUUACUGGGAGAGCUAUCCAUGGCGCCUUGGCCAGGCGGUGUGCAAGGUGUACUUCAUGGUCCGCCAAAUGUACUGCGCAACUACAAGCUGGGUUAUCGUGACCUUCACCAACGAACGCUACGCCGCAAUCUGCCACACCAUGUGGUCUCUCUCCAGUCUAAAGAAGUCUCGACUGCCGUGCCUUCUUUCUGUAUGGAUCAUUUCUCUGGUCUCGGCGGUGCCAUUUGCUCUGGUCAAUGACCAGACCAGUGCCUGCAUUCUGGACUACACAGCAACAACACAUGAAGAUGCCUUUAAGGUAUCCACCGUGUGUGAAAUGAUAGAACCUGCUCCUUCACACAUCUAUAAAGGAGCCUUGCUUCUGAGGGCAGGGUUCUUUUUUCUGGUCCCACUGGUGUCCAUCUUUACCCUCUAUGUGCUCAUCGUGCUCCACCUAAAGAGGAAUGGUCGUCAGAGGAGAAACAUGGGUCUUUUGAGCCCAAGGGACCGAGAUCUACAGGGAAGACAAGACAUCCAGUGCCAUCAAAAUGGAAAGUUACUUUUAAAUGAGAAACGAGCUCUGAAACUUAUGGGCGCAGUCGUGGUGGCCUUUUUUCUGUUCAGUUUUCCAGAUAUUGCCUCCUCACUGAUGCAGGUGUACGUGGUUGUGUGGUCCGACAUGGUCCUUUCUGUCCACACUGUUCUGAAAUCGUAUUUGUCACUUCCACUGUGGUACAUCAACGGAGCCCUGGACCCGCUGCUGUUCUGUAUCUCUUCCCACAUGUUUUGCAGGGCAUGCUGGAGAACUUUGGGCAGACUCAGAMCUUGCUUUUCCUUAAAGGGCCUGUCGUGGCUGAGGACUUGAAGUUCUUGUGAGGAUCCAGGUAUAAUGGUCAGAAAAAAAAAAAACUGGUGACCAGAAAAUAAAAAUAAAWAAUAAAAAAAGAAGACUUCCGAAGAAAAGAGAAACACUGUCAGAAAUCAGUGCAGGGUUAGAUUGGGAAGGUUAUGAAUGUCUUUUUGAACAUGAGCCUCAGCAAAAAACAAUAAACAAAAAAGCACUCUUGCUUUAUUUUAGUCUUGUUCUUUUCUGACUUGAUGAAAAAAAAAGA